AUGAAGGUUUUCUCCUUGUCCUUGCUCACCCUUCUGUUGGGGACUCUCUGGACUGGAAACCACGGCAUCUCUUUCCGCAGCCUCCACGGAAUGUGCUGCUCCAAGAUGAUGUUCACAGAGUGGGAAAUCCCUGCCUUCCGCAUCAGGAGCUAUGAGGAGACACCUUCCCACUGCCCCCACAGGGCUGUGCGUGUGACGCUGCUGAGGGGGAAGAAGUUGUGUGUGGACCCAGAGCAGGGCUGGUUCCAGCAGUACCGGCGGCAGAAAGAGUAA